GACAAGCGCAUAUUGACAGCCCAACCUCGACGCGUCACCAUCACGAAACAAUUGAGACGGACGCCUCGCGCCGCAAGACCUCUCUACCAACAGCACAGCACAGCACAGUGCAGCGCAGCGCAGCGCAGGGACUGCAUUGCCAGAGUCGGCAAUCUGCAGAGGGAUCAUCGCUGGAACACUUAAUUCCUGUUACUCUGUUGAAUGGUGAAGGCGUGGACGAGAUAGACGACUGGUCAGAAAGAGCUUCGGAUUCUUGCACUGUGGAUAGUCCGCUUUGAAGCGUGCUGCGGUUUAGCUAGCAACCUGACUACACUUCUUGCACAAUUUGUCCUCAUCGAAGGGCCAAAUACCUUCGCGCCGCUCGCAUUGAGCUCAGUGUUGCGUGCGGCGCCGCUGCUGGAAUUGCACGUGCAUGUGCCAGUCCUGUUGACCGGUGUCACCUGCUGUCUUGCUAAGUCAAGCGGAAAUCUUAUCCGCAGUAGCAUACUUCUGCAUCGCUGUGUGCCUCUCUUCUUUUGCGUGAAGUCACCAUGUCUUCCCGGUCCCCUCGAGGUUCUAUCUCCGGCGGCUCGUCUGCUGAAGUGGCCGCCGACUUUGAAGAAUCUUUGAAAGACCUCCAAAGCAACAACAGAUACGAGAUCAGCAACCUGACUGUCAUCGCGAAAGAGAACACAGAACAUGCGCAAGCGAUCUCCCGAGUGCUCGAAACCCAUAUCAAGACGACUUCGCCGACGCGGAAACUUCCUGCACUCUUCGUCCUUGAUAGCAUUGUGAAGAAUGUUGGCACACCUUACACUGUGUACCUUGGCCGUAAUCUCUACAACACCUUCAUGGAAGCCUACACCCUCGUCGAUACCGCAACAAGACGGCACAUGGACGCUAUGCUCAAAACGUGGAAGGAGCCUGUGCCAGGUUCAAUCGAUCCUCGACCAGUGUUUCCCAGAGAAACGGUGCAGCCGCUGGAGAAUGCUAUGAUCAAAGCGAGGGCGGCGUUGGAGAAGAUCAGACAGUCGCAAGUUCCAUUUCAAGGCACAGCAACUCCACCGCAGCACAACGGACAGUAUGCAAGGCCUCCAGUUCAGACUCCCCAGCAGUUCUACCCAGGCUACGGUGUUCCACAACAACCCACCCCUCAACAGCAACCGCAGCAGCAGUACGCCUAUCAGCCGCCACUGGCCAACUUGACGAAUGAUAUUGAGAAUGUGAAGCGUGACAUCGAUUCCCUCAUUCCAAGGUUCCAAUACCAACUUGCCGCCACGCCACACGAUAUUGGACUGCAAACUCAGCUGAGCGCCUUGAACCAAUUACGCAACCUGCUCAACAUACAGCGUGUGAGCUCCGUCGAGCUGCAACAGAUCAAGCAGCAGGUUUCAUCAUUGGCUCCAGCAGUCCCUCAGUUCCCGCAACAGACUCCUCAACCAACUCCGCAGCAAUGGGAAGCACCACCACCACCCUUUCCUCCACAAUUCCCCCAUUCGACGCCAAUGUUUCCUGCGGCAACUCCACAGCAUCAGCCUUCAGCAUCGACGCCGCACCUGUCUGCAGAUGCAUUGAACGGAUUGCAAGCACUACUAGCCAGCGCACAGCCGCCGAGCACACCUCAGCUGCGUGCUGCGGUGCCUGGCUUUCAGAAUGCGAGUCAUUCACAGAUGAACGCAAUCCAGAACCAUACCGCUCCCGCACCUUCACAGAAUGGAGCAGCUGAUCUCAUCGCAUCUUUGACGAAAGCCGGGCUCAUCAAUCCUGGCUCAAAUCACGCGCCGAGUACGACGACUGCCUCCCCUGCAGUCACUGCACCGCCGCCUAUGGAUCCUACUGCUGCGCUGCUGAAAUCGCUGAACGCACUGCCACAACCGCCUUCGCAAGCUGGCACACCGUCGCUGGUACCUACAUCUCUUACAGCGCAGCGACCAAACGUACCCAUCUCAGCAGCUGCCCUGAAGGUGUUCAGACCAGAACUCGUUACAUCGAUGUAUGAUGCGUUCCCCAACCAAUGCAGCACAUGCGGCCGACGGUUCCAUGCCACGGAGGAUGGUAGACAGAAGAAGAGCCUCCAUUUGGACUGGCACUUCCGUACCAACCAACGUAUCGCAGAUCCAAACACAAAUCGUGGACACCAUCGCAAUUGGUUCCCGGACGAGAUGGAUUGGAUCAGGCAUGUCGAGUUUGACCCUUCGACAACUACCGCCACCGCAGUAGAUACUCAAGAAGCAAGCAAGACACAGAAGAGUCCAAUGGAACAAGUUGUGCGUGCUCCGGCUGGUAUGACAAAGAGCACCUGCAGCAUCUGCUACGAGGAUCUCAGUAGCACGUAUUCCGAGGAACACCAGGACUGGGUGUUUGCGAAUGCAGCGUACAUGAACAAGAAGAUUGUUCAUGCGUCUUGUCUGGCGGAGAUGACCAAGUCACGACCGCCACCUAGCGCAGACAGAGGUGCAUUGGCCGCUGCUAUUGCAAGCGUGAGCGCAGGACAGAGAGAGCGCAGUGCAACACCGGAUUCGCUGUUGGGGAAGAGGAAAGCCGAGUCAGUCAUGACCAGCAAUAGCUCCAGGAUCAAGUUGCAGUGAGAAGAAGAAGAUUGAUUGCAUUGCAUUGUACUUAAGUCAGGCUCUUUGUAUGAUUAUAAGCGUGGCGCUGGGGAAAACACUUGUACAUGGGCUGCGAUUAUUGCACUACCAAGUUAAGGUAUACCUUGGUAGAGAGCAACAUGGGCAAUGGAUAUGCCGAGCAUCGGCCGAAUUC